AAAAAAUUUCGAGAACACAAAUUGCAAAAUGUGAACCCAACGCGGAGAUUCUUGUCAGUUGGCGGGUGUCGGUUGGCGGAACGAAAUUACCAGACCACCAUCUCCUCCUUCCUUUCCCCUACGCUCAAGUCUUCUUCUUUCUCUCUCCUUCUUCAACUCUUCCAUCAUCGUCCUGCACUUUUCCAUCUUUCUUUCUUCUUCCUCACUCCAAUUCCCAAAACUCAAUCGAAUUCUCUCUCUUCAAUUUUCCUCAAUCACCCACCCAAAAUCCCUUCAUCAAUUCCCAAUCCUUCAAUCAUGUAUCAAAACAUAGGUGACACCACUACCAAUUCAUUCUAUCCCCAUCAAUUUCAUCAACCCACUUUUCAAAACCCUAACCCUAAUCCCAAUCCAAUUGUUGAUCCUUACGCUAAUCAAUGGCCUCAAUCUUCCGCUUCAGCUCCUCCUCUUUCUUCUUCGUAUGCCCCACCUUCCGAUUACCCUAAUUUUCCUCCUCCUUAUGCUUCGCCAAGUUCCGAUUAUGUUCUUAAUUCUGCCCCAACUGCUCCCCCUUCUUACCCUCCAAACCCUAAUCCCCAAUUUCAUCCCCCUUCUUCGAAUUACCCCUAUGAUCAUAAUCAACCUCCGUAUUACCCUUAUGAUCAUAAUCAAGCUGCCCCCAUUUCGAAUUUGAAUCCGAAUUCAUCGUUUCCGGGGCCUCAGUACUCGCCCCCGCCGAGUUAUGACGAUGGUGGUGUGAAAUUUGAUCGUUGGGGUGGGUUUGGGGAGCAGGAGCAGGGGGGUUAUAGCUCACAGGGGUAUAGUGAUGACGGGGUUUAUAGAUAUGAAGGUGGGAAGGUGGAGCCUUAUGGAGCUCGAGGAACGGCUGGGUUUUCGGGGUCGGCUUCGCAGGUUAUGUUUGAUGAUUAUGGGCGGCCUAUUAAUGUUUCAAAUGGUAAUGACAAUGGGAAUAGAAGUAGGAGUGAUCAGGGUGGAAUGAAGGCGGCGCCAAAGGUGGUGAAGGCGAUUCCGAAGGUGGAUGUUGAGGAGGAUGUUAAGGGUGGAGUGCAGAAGUUUCGUGUGAAAGUCUUAGCUGAGGGUUAUGGGCAGAAUGACUUGGAUGUUUUAUGCCAGAUUGGUUUGGAUGGUAUUCGAAUGCUUGAUCCUGCUACAGGUCGGACGCUGAGAAUUUAUCCUUUUGAAACAUUGACUAGAUGGGAGGUCUUGGAUUCCUACAUCUUUGCAUUUUGGGCCAAAAUGCCAGUUGACAUUGAACCAAAACGUAUAAGGAUUAAGUCGAACAGUUAUACCACUAAUACAAUUUUGGACACAGUUACAGCAGCUAGUGUGCAGCUCAAGGAGAUUGGUGAAAGAAAAGAUUCCAGCUCAUCCAAGGCCUCUGAACAGCUUGCUGAGAGGAAGAAAGGUUUUGACUGGAUGAACUUGAUUAAAUCUGCCAAUGAGGAGAAAGAUUACUGGGUACCUGAUGAAGCAGUCAACAAAUGUACUUCCUGCGGCACAAACUUUAACGCCUUUGUUCGAAAGCAUCACUGCAGAAAUUGUGGUGAGAUUUUCUGUGACAAAUGUACUCAAGGAAGAACUCCGCUUACAACAGAUGACCAGGCUCCACCAGUUCGAGUUUGUGAUCGUUGCAUGGCAGAAGUCACCCAAAGGCUUACCAAUUCUAGGGAGGCUGCUGAUAGAAGUGGCUCAUUGCUAAGUCAUGAGGAUUUGGCUAAAAAACUUAAGGAGGAGAUGAGCAGAAAUUCGAAGUCAUCAGCAGGUUUAAUGUCUGAAGGGUCUCAGACACAAAUGAGAGAUGUUGCCUGUCCUACAUGCACAGUUCACCUGCAGGUUGAAGUACCAGCAUCAGGUUCAGAGACGAUAGAAUGCAGUGUAUGUCAACAUCCCUUCUUGGUAAACGCCCACUGAUAUACGAAAGCCAUUUAGACCCCCUGUAAAAACUAAUAUCCAUAUAUAAAUAUAUUGUUUUGCAACAAUAUCACGAAUCACGAAUUUCUUGAUUGUAUUGAUUGAAAUGAGUUCCUUGUAAUAAAUGUUUGGUAUGGGUUGAGUGUUUUUGUCCAUA